CCCCCCUCUUUCCCAUCGCGCUCUGCGCGGCGAAGGCAGCGGCGCCAUGUUCCUGCAGUGCUACACCGAUGAGCGCGGGGAGCGCGUUUACACACUGAAGAAAGUGUCCCCGGCGGGGCAGCCCACCCGCUCGGCCCACCCGGCUCGGUUCUCCCCCGACGACAAGUUCUCCCGGCACCGCCUGGCGUUGAAGCGGCGGUUCGGAGUCCUGCCCACACAGCGGGCGCGGCCUCUCCUUUAACGGAAGGGACGGGCCCCGGUGAUCGCGGAAUAAACCCCAUGGGAC